CAACAAUCUGCACUGCGACGCAUUGUGCAAUUUGCCCCCUCCCACACACUCCACGUUAUAUUCACAGCACCAUCUCACGGCAACAUGCCGCUCGAACCGAAAGCAUUGCUGCCAGCGUCACCAUUGAUAAAUCCUCCCCUGCCAACUGUCUUGGUGCGUUGUGGUGUGACUACGUGUGCCCGGUUUGCCAAGCGAGAUGGUUUGUGCCUUGGCCACCAUUACGACUGCAGCAUGCUGCCAUCGCGACGACCACUGCAACCACAACCAGUGGCACCAGUCGCCGUAGCCACAGCCUCCACGCUGCAUGCACAGCGCAGCAGCAUCGUCCGUGCUGCUGCACAACGUCAGUAUGCCCCGUCCCUGCGUCCUUCAGCUGUGGAAAACGCGCAAAUCGAACGAAUGAUUUCAAAACCACAUUGCCGAACGCUCAAAGAUAAGUGCUGUGCGAUUGCCGACUGCCACAAACUCGCCCGCAUCGACGGGUUUUGCACCAAACACAACAUGCAGUUUGCCAGCCAAAAGCGCAAGUGCGUUGUCGACGCCUGCACUGCCUAUGCCCGCACACGCGGCCUGUGCACUCGCCACGGGGGCGGCAAGACGUGCGCUGUCCACGGCUGUAAGAUCGUUUUACAGACUGGAGGCGUGUGCAGAUCCCAUGGCGAGGGACCUCGGUGCAAAUAUGUCACGUGUGUGCACUUUACUCGCGCUCGUGGCCUUUGCAGUUUGCACCGGCCCGAAACCGAAGAAACUGUCGAGGCAUAAAUAGGAACCAUGUAGCGUAAGCGCAAAAAUCCAAUAUACAGUUAACAACAGUAAGAAGACUUUUUCCGAGACGUUAUAUCGGAUUAUAAC